AUGCCGUCUAUAGGUGCCGUCGAUGUCGUCCGUGCAAUAUUCGACAAUUGGACUUCACACUGGGGUGCACCCAUCCAGUUGCAUUCAGAUCGAGGGUCCAGCUUCGUGAACCAGGUAGUCGCAAAAUUGUGUCAAGUCUGCGGAAUCCAGAAGACAAACACCACGGCCUACCACCCGCAAGCAAAUGGGCAAACCAAACGAACCAACCGGUCUCUAAAAGGAUUACUGAAGGCAUUUACCAACGAAUGCAUCACUCGAGAACGGGAUUUGGCCCUCACGUCUUGCCUAUUGGCAUACCGAGCUGCGGUUCAUUUGCCGAUCAGACACAAAUCAAAUGCGAUGUUAACCGGGCGCGAAGUACGACUUCUAUCCGAUAUUUUCAUGCCGUUCCUCACAACAGACACCCUUCUAUCAACUGAAUACGCACGGAACAUUAAACAACGAGCGCAUCCAAAGCACUGA